AAGUAGUUGUUUUUAUUUAGUCAACGUUGUCGGGAGAGCUGUACAAAGUUUACGAGGCUUAAGCUUCUUCUUGUUUUAGUUUUUCAAAAUAAAAAAAAAAACAAGAAAUUUAAUUUUAUAUACGCGCAGCACCGUGCAGUGGAUAUCUCAGUGAUUUUUUUUUUAUUUAUUUAAAUAUUUUACAAUUUUGGAUAACAUGAAAUCCUGUGUGUUUCUCUUGAGUAUUGUGUCGAUUGUGCUUGGUCGUCCCGAGCCACCAUCACCUUACCAAUACAACGCACCAUCGCCAAGUUCUAGUUAUGGACCACCGUCGCCAAGUUCCAGCUAUGGUGCACCAUCGCCAAGUUCCAGUUAUGGGCCUCCAGCCCCACAAUACGGAGUACCCAGUCAGCCACCAGUAAUUCAUAAACAUGUCUAUGUACAUGUACCACCGCCAGAACCGGAAUACGUUGCUCCAAGACGACCAAUAUCAUUCCCUCCGCCACAAAAACACUACAAAAUUGUGUUCAUCAAAGCGCCAUCACCUCCAGCCCCAACAGCACCCGUAAUACCGCUACAACCUCAAAACGAAGAAAAAACCUUGGUGUACGUUCUGGUAAAACGUCCCGACGAACAGCCCGACAUUGUCAUCCCAACUGCAGCACCAACGCAGCCCAGCAAACCGGAAGUCUAUUUCAUUCGGUACAAGACGAAUAAACAGGAAUCGGGACCAUAUCCAGAAAGCAUUGCACCGGCUCCAUCCGGAGACUAUGGAGCUCCGCCAGCAUUGCCCAGCAGCUCGUAUGGCGUGCCAAAUUAAUUAUUUUGUUUAUUUUUUCUGUAUAAAGUUAAAUAAUGUAAUUGCCAAAUGAGAUUUUGGAUUAGAUCAUUUUUCGAUGGGAGAACGAUCUUAAUUAUGAUUUAAUGGGAACGGUUGGUAAUGUAAUUGACCAAGAAAAAAAUCUUUUUUUUUUGGCUUUUACAUUGCAAUGAAGUCUUUAUCUGUUGUGUAAGUGUUAUAACAACUGGUACAUUCAUUUCAUAAUUUAUGUAAAAAAAAAUUAAAAACAAUUUUUUAGCGUUAA